GGCCGGAACCUUCGCUCUCACACCGUCCGCAUCACAUUUCUAGAUGCGACAGAGCCGGCACCAAACACCACGUCGUCCUUCUUCGAUGCUGGCGCAGUCCCUGUUCAUAAGCCAACCCGGGUUCAAUUUCCCCCGAGAAACUCUCAUUUUCCGGGCGAAGAAUUCCAGAAAUUCAGAAAUGGCGCCACCGAUUCUUUCUCUUGCUCUUCCGUCGGAGACUGGUCGAGUUCUCAGCAUUCAAUCACACACUGUGCAGGGUUAUGUCGGAAAUAAGUCAGCUGUCUUUCCGCUACAACUUUUGGGCUAUGAUGUGGACCCAAUUAACUCUGUGCAGUUUUCGAAUCACACAGGAUAUCCAACUUUUAAGGGUCAAGUUUUGAAUGGACAGCAACUCUGGGAUAUUAUAGAAGGCCUUGAAGCAAAUGAAUUAUUGUUCUACACUCACUUAUUAACUGGUUAUAUUGGUUCAGUUUCUUUCCUGAACACUAUAUUGGAAGUUGUCAGCAAGCUUCGUACAAUAAACCCUGAACUUACAUAUGUAUGUGAUCCGGUGAUGGGUGAUGAAGGAAAGCUUUAUGUUCCUCAAGAGCUGGUAUCAGUUUAUCGUGAGAAGGUUGUUCCAGUAGCUUCAAUGUUGACUCCCAAUCAAUUUGAAGCUGAACUGUUGACAGGGUUCAGGAUUCAGUCCGAAGCAGAUGGCCGGAAAGCCUGUAACCUUCUUCAUGAGGCUGGACCUUCAAAGGUUGUAAUUACUAGCAUAAGUAUAGCCGGCAAUCUCUUCCUGAUAGGCAGCCAUCAAAAAGAAAAGGGACAGCCUCCCAAGCAAUUUAAGAUCGUGAUUCCCAAAAUUCCAGCUUAUUUCACUGGAACGGGGGAUCUCACGACAGCUCUCCUUCUUGGUUGGAGCAAUAAAUACCCAGACAAUCUUGAGAAGGCUGCAGAACUUGCUGUAUCAAGCCUGCAGGCACUUUUGCAGAGGACGGUCAAUGAUUACCAAAGAGCUGGACAUAAUCCUCAGUCAACUAGUUUAGAGAUCAGAUUAAUUCAAAGCCAGGAUGACAUUCGUAGCCCCAAAGUCCUAUUUAAAGCUGAAAUAUACAGUUAAAAUUGUGAUGCCAUUGGUGCAGGAUAUGUGAUCUUUGCUUCUUCUAGAACUUCAAACUGUAAGGUAUAAUAAAAAGGAAAGAUGGUUCAUUCUUA